AUGUCUCUUCCCAAGUCUUGCUCGCUGCGGACAGCCGGUGGCAGGACUAUCGAGAUACCAUCCGUCGGCUACGGUACGUGGGCUCCAGGCGAUACGAUAUGGGCCAAAGACGCCACACUUGCGGCACUAAAAGCUGGUUACCGCCAUCUUGAUUGUGCGUGGAUGUAUGGUGUAGAUGAGGCGGUCGGUGAAGCUAUCAGAGAGUCGGGCAUUCCACGAAAUGACCUCUUCAUCACUUCUAAGUUCUGGCCGCAUUUCGGCCAUCCCGACAACGUCGAACUAUGCUUGGACAAGAUCCUAUCAAACAUGGGUCUGGAGUAUAUUGAUCUCUACCUCGCCCACUGGCCGUGCGUCUGGAAGCCACUGUCUCAGGAAGCGCUGAAAGAAGCGCGAUCUGGACCCAACACUUCUCGCGAAGAAAAAGGUCAGGUCUAUCUCGAAGACGGUAAGCCUGUGGUCGACUGGGAGCACUCUACUGCCAAUCUUGCAAGGCGGAAAGGCUUCGAGGGUAGCUUUGUGCCAACGCUUCAGGCUAUGCAAGCAUGCGUGAAGAAAGGCAAAACAAAGGCAAUCGGCGUUAGCAAUUUCUCCAUCACCGACAUUGAGGAGCUUCUCCCGCAUGAAGACGGUGUGCCUAUUGCUUGUAACCAGAUCGAAGUCCACCCGUGGCUACCUCAGACCGAACUCGUCGACUUCGGCAAGAAGCAUGGCAUCGUCACAACGUGCUACAGCCCGUUUGCGGGUCAAAAGGCGGACGGUGCUACUCUGCUGAAGGACUCCAAGGUGCUGGAACUUGCAAAGAAGAACGGUAUGGAUGUUGGCCAGCUAUUGCAGAGCUGGGCGGUACAGAGAGGGACCGUACCUCUUGGGAAGAGCGCCACGCCCGAGCGCAUACGCUCGAAUCUCGAUGUACGGCGCUUGUCCGACGAGGACAUGAAGACGCUGGACGGUAUGGCAUUGUCUCAUGGCGAGGGACGAACUGUAGACUUCUCGGACGCUUGGGGUGUGCCGCUGUUCGAAGGUUGA